CGGGACUUAGCGAUGGCGUCCGGAUGGGAGAGCGAGCGGAGCCUGGAGGCGCGCAAGGAGCGGCGGCGGCGGGAGCGGGAAGCGCUGCUGGCGCAGGCCAAAAUUGAUUACGAGAAGGAGGAGAGGCGCAAGCUGCAAAAGCGUCUGCGAGGCGAGGACACGUGGAUGCUUCCUGACGUGAACGAGCGUGUGGAGCAACUGGAGGAGGAACAUUCUGGGAAGAAAAAAAAGAAAAAGGAUAAACAUUCAAAAAAAUCUAAGAAAGAAAAAAAGAAAAAUAAAAAACAGAAAUCUGAAAAAAAGGAUGACACUGAUGAUAGUUCUUCAGAUUCUUCAGUUGAAUGGGUUGAGUCAAAUGCAUCACAGUCAGAUAACACAGAAAAGGCCUGGAAGGUCAGCAAGCAAUCAGAUGCUGCAAAAGAACCAGCUGUGCAGAGAGAAGAAUGGAUGAAUUUAGACUUCAUGUCUCUGAAAACCAUGUCACUGGCAUCUGUCAAAGGUGAAAGAGAGAAAGACAAAAUACUGGAACGACAGAAAGCUCGAGAAACUGAGCAGGCCGUGCUUUCUGAGAGAGAACUCAAUCCCUAUUGGAAGGAUGGUGGUACGGGAAUGCCACCAGAGGAGGAUCACUCAGCUUCAAUUAAAAAAGUUACAGUGAUAGAAGAUGCUGGUUUAAGUUGGUUACGAAAAUCAUAUCAAAGAAUGAAGGAGCAGGCUGAGAGAGAGAAACGGGAUAUUGAGGAAAUUGUAGCGGAAAGAUACGGGUCAAUGGAGGCAUUUCAGUCACGGUUAGAAGAAGCUGAAAAAGUUGCAACCAAGAAGGAAAAUGAUUAUAGAGGUGGUAGAUGGAAAAAACAUGACUACUCAGAAAAUGAGAAGAAGGAACAUCACAUGAAAGAUGAGAGACGACAUGAAGAUGGUAGAAACAUGUCUGGGGGACAUACAAGGGAGAAGCAUGGCAAAGGAUGGACACAAGAAGACAGAGGUUAUAAUAGAGAUGGAACAAGAGCAGACCAAGAACGUGGACACAGCAGUAGAGACUCAGAAUUGAGAGGCUAUAGCUCCAAAGUAGAAAAACACUUGGAUGAAAAACGAAGUAAAGAAAAGAGUGUGUCUCUAAGUGACAUAAAACACAAAUUUCUGAAACCCUCUGAAGAUGACCUGUCAUCUUACAGUGCAUCUGGGGACUACAAGUCACAGGGAUCUUCAAAAUCGCCUCUUCAUAGCUCUUUAAGCAGCCGUUUCCAAAAACCUAGUGAGGAUACUCCAUUGUGGAACAGAACGCACACACAAGAAAACAGUGAAAGAUCAGUGUCUGAUCAGAAGUCAUUGGAUGCUGCAGCAAAAAGUCACGGUGAAAGAACUCAAAGUUUUGAAAAAGAGAAAUCACGAGAGGAGUACCCAACCAGUAUCCCUGAGAAGCAGCAAAUGUCGUCUGACAGCAUAACAUCAUGUUCCAGGCGUCCAUCAGAGGAUGAGCCGCCUCGGGUCCUUAGUGAAGAUGAGAUGAACAAACUGGGAGCCAGGAUUGUGAAAGCUGAGCUCAUGGGAAACAUGGAAUUGGCUUCAAAACUUCAAGCUGAACUUGAUAGUGCGCGCAAAUUAAAGGAGACUCAGAAGCAGAUCCCAGGGAAGUCUCGCAGAGAGGCCUCAAGUCAUCAAGAAGAUGAGCAAGUGAUCCUUGUCAGAACAGAUCAGAGUGGAAGGGCAUGGCCUGUGACUGCAUCAACUGAGCCACAGGAGCCUAAAGGAGGACGGAGAAAGAGGAAGAUGGUCACGACUCAUGUAGAUAAAGAAAGAGUAAGAUAUUUUCAGGAUGAUGACAGUAUGAGCCUUCAGGAUUUAGUCAAAAAUGAGAAAAUGAGAACAGCAGAAGAUCAGAAUGCACUGUUCAUGCGUAUGGCAUCAAAGCUUAUGGAAAAAACUGACAGAGACUACUACACUCUGGAUGACAUGUUUGUUUCCAAAGCAGCAAAAAAAGCACGCAGUGGGGAAGAAGAAGAAAUACAAAGAAGAAAAGCAAUACGUGAGCACCAGCAGCUUGCUGCACGCAUGGAAAAGUGUCCUUACUGUUUUGAUAGCAAUGAACUUUCUAAACAUCUUAUUAUUGCAAUUGGUACCAAGGUAUACUUGUCUCUGCCAAGCAACCAGUCCUUAAUUGAAGGUCACUGCCUGAUAGCUCCUUUACAGCACCAUACUGCAGCCACUCUUUUGGAUGAAGAAAUCUGGGAAGAAAUUCAGAUGUUUAGAACGGCACUGGUGAAAAUGUUUGAAGCUAGAGGCUUGGACUGUGUCUUUAUAGAAACAAAUAUGAGUAUGAAGAAACGAUAUCAUAUGGUAUACGAAUGCAUUCCUCUUCCAAAAGAAGUAGGAGAUAUGGCUCCAAUCUACUUUAAGAAAGCUAUAAUGGAGUCUGAUGAAGAGUGGUCCAUGAACAAGAAGAUAAUUGAUCUUUCUUCAAAAGAUGUUCGGAAAUCUGUUCCUAAAGGAUUACCAUACUUUUCAGUGGACUUUGGCCUUCAAGGAGGGUUUGCUCAUAUCAUUGAAGAUCAGCACAAGUUCCCUCACUACUUCGGAAAGGAAAUCAUUGGUGGCAUGCUGGACUUGGAACCACGGCUAUGGAGAAAAGGAGUCAGGCAGAACUUUGAGGAACAGAGGAAGAAAGUGUUACAGUUUGCACAGUGGUGGAAGCCAUAUGACUUCACCAAAAAGAAAGAAUAAGUACAUCUUUGCAGCUAAGGACUCUAUAAGCCAUAAAUUAUAUAAAAGGAUAUUUCAUUUAUGAAAUGUAAUACCAGUAUAUUAAAACCAGUAUAUUAUAUAUUCCUAUUAUGUUUUAAACCCAGGAGUGUUAGUUACUUGAUUAUCUCUUUCUGGUUUAGAUACUGUAUGAAACAUGAACCUGCAAGCCUGACAAAACCAGAAGUUUACGAUGAUUUUGGUUUUUAAUGUUUUAGCUGAGCCAAAACUAAAAGAUCCAUGUGACUAUUGGAAUUCUUAAAAAUAUAGCAUUUUCUUUUGAGUUUUAUAGUAAUUUGAAACAAUUUUUUAUCUUGUAGCACAGAACUUGCGCUUAAUUACAGCAGUGUCUUUUUGUAGAAAAUGGUGUAAAUUUUAUGAACAUGUUGAUUAAAACACAUUGUUGCACUGCC